GGCAUGGGAGGUAUCCCUCCACCCCCACCCCCACUGCCUGGCAUGGGGGGCAUCCCUCCCCCUCCACCCCUCCUGCCCAGCAUGGCAGGAGACCACAUAGAAGCCGUGGUGGUGGCCUCUCAGUUCAGCUGCCCUCUUGGCUCAGGCAGGCCUCCCCACAAGACAGUGAAGACUCCAACGUUGAGGAUGAAGAAGCUGAACUGGCAGAAGCUGCCCUCCAACGUGGUGAGAGAAAGUCACUCCAUGUGGGCUUCAGUGAGCAGCAGCAGCGAGGAGACUAUAGAACCCAACUACACAAGCAUAGAGCAGCUCUUUUGCUUUCCACAGCCAACCCCCAAGGAGAAAACGGCCACACCAGUGAAGGCAGAACCAAAGGAGAUCACAUUUUUGGACUCCAAGAAAAGUCUCAAUUUGAACAUAUUUUUGAAGCAAUUUAAAUGCUCCAAUGAAGAGGUGGCUGCCAUGGUCCAGAAUGGGGACCGCACCAAGUUCGAUGUUGAGGUUCUGAAGCAGUUGCUGAAACUGCUGCCUGAAAAGCAUGAGACAGAAAACCUGAAGGCCUUCAAAGAAGAUAAAUCAAAGCUAGCAAAUGCAGAUCAGUUUUAUCUUCUCCUCCUUCAGAUUCCCAGCUACCAGCUGCGCAUUGAAUGUAUGCUGAUCUGUGAAGAGACCACCGUUGUGCUGGACAUGAUUCAGCCAAAAGCUGAAGCCAUCCGGAGAGCCUGUGAAGAUCUUCUGAACAGUCAUCGCCUGCCGCUCUUCUGUCAACUGAUUCUCAAAGUUGGAAAUUUCCUGAAUUACGGAAGCCACACGGGCGACGCCGAUGGGUUUAAAAUCAGCACUUUACUCAAGCUAACAGAAACCAAAGCAAACCAGACCCGUAUUACGCUGCUCCAUCACAUUCUGGAGGAAGUAGAAAACAGCCACACAGACCUACUGGAACUGCCAAAGGAUCUUGAAUAUGCUUCAAAAGCAGCAGGAAUUAAUCUUGAUAUUAUUCGCACGGAGUCCAGUACCAAUUUAAAGAAGCUGCUGGAGCUUCAGCGAAAAGUCUUAUCCUCAAACGACAACGUGAAACAGCAAUAUGAGAAACCUAUCCAGGAUAGCAUUGAUGCCUCCAGAAAGCUGGAAGAAGAAUUUGAAACCAUUGAAAGGAAAAGAGAAGAACUUGCAAAUUACCUCUGUGAAGACCCAAGCAAGUUGUCCUUAGAGGACAUAUUUAGCACCAUGAAGACCUUCAGAGAUCUCUUCCUCCGAGCCUUGAAGGAAAACAAGGACAGAAAGGAGCAAGCUGCCAAAGCAGAGAAGAGGAAGAAACAGCUGGAAGAGGAAGAGGGGAAGAGACAGAAGGGAGAAAAUGGAAAAGUCAUUAAGAAGGGGGUGGUGAAGCAGGAGGAGGUGUGCGUCAUCGAUGCGCUGCUGGCCGACAUAAGGAAAGGGUUCACGCUGAGGAAGACAAAGAACAGAGCCGAGUCGGAGGCGGUUCCCAAACCCUUGCCUGCAGAGAUCCCAGAGGAGAGCCAGCCUGGAAAGAGCAUUAAGGAUCCACAAGAAGCAGGAAAGCAGAUCGAUGACAAUGAUGGUCGUUCCUCAGAAAGCACUCUUCCCUCAACCACUGCCCUGGUGGAGAUGGGUGGAGAUGUUACAAAUUCCUCAGCUACAAAUGAGGCGUUCUCUAAAAGCAACGCUGGAGGACAUUUGCCACCAGAGUCCCAGACAGAAAGCCCGUCAGUAAGCCUGGUGGAAGGUGGCGUGGCCAGCAGCUCCAUUCCCUUCUCUGCUGCUAACAUAGGCACAGGGAUAAGGUUUGCGAGCGGUAGCUCGGACACUGCUCUAAGAGACCAACUCAAGGGGUCCAUCUCAGAAGGCCAGGAGAAGGAGUGCCCAGCUGAUGGCUCACAGAGCUGCAGGCUGGCACAGGAGCCAGAAACCCGUCUGGGUGAGACCAGCCUGGACCUUGGCAGCGCUCAGUCCACACCCCGCGAUGAGGCUCGUCGGGCAGAGUCAAAAGAGAUGGGCAAGGAAAAUGAAGACCCUGGUACAGACUCGCUGUUGGACACCUCCCAAGAGAAAUCGUUCUCUGAGGAGCCAGCCACCGACUCCUCGUGUUCUGCAACACUGCCCCCAGAGCAAACUCACCUGGACAGGGAAAAGCAGAGGCCAUCUGGGAAACGGAGGAAGAAAAAGAGGCACAGCAAAAGCCACUCAGCAGAGGUUGAGACUGAUACUGGAGAUAAUAAAACAAAAAAAGGUUGUGUGAUACAAUGA